AUGUACUGCCCCGGUGUACCGAGUCGCCGCCAAGGCACCUUUGCGCGCUACUGCACCAAGCUCGGCAACAUGCUCUUGCUGGUGCUCCUGAGCCUCGUGAGCAUGUCCUUCUCGAUCGGUCUCUUCGUCGUCAUCAUCGUCGGCGUCAGCUGCGGCAUUGGAUUCCUCCCGCUCGCCUGCGUCGGCCUCGUUGUCCUCAACUGCCUAAUGGCGUGCGUCAAGCCGCUCGCGACCUUGGACGAAGCACUCUUUCGCCAGCGCCAGCAGCUCUACGAAGCGAUCGUCAGCUCCUAA